GAGAAACUGUGUCAUAUUUCGCCUGGAAAAAAGAAAAAAAGAAAAAAGGAACUACAGAAACUUUCUCUUGAGAUCCCCCUAUAUAAAUCAAUGGGUCGUGCCCGUUUUAAUUUGCAGUGACAUUUCUACUUGUCUAGCAACUUUUGGCUUCAUAGAGCUCAGAAAUCAGCUUUUGCUGAACUGGUGCUACUCUGGUGUUUAAUUUUCUCCACAAUUGGUCGCGAUGGAAGGGUGUGACUAUGAAGUGUUCUUAAGCUUCAGGGGACCCGACACGCGCACCAGCAUCACCGAUCACCUCUACACCCGUCUCACAGAAGCAGGGGUCCGGACAUUUAGAGAUGACGAAGAGCUCCGCAUCGGUGAAGAGAUCGGCCCAGAUCUCAUAAGAGCCAUUGAGCAGUCGAAGAUCUCCAUACCCAUAUUCUCUAAAAAUUAUGCUUCCAGUAAAUGGUGUCUCAAGGAGUUGGCCCAAAUGGUGGAGUGUAGGAAAUCAAGGGGACAGAAAAUCAUGCCCAUUUUCUACUACAUCGAACCAUCUGAGGUUCGAUACCAGACCGGUGGUUAUGGUGACGCCUUUCAUUCACAUGAAAAGAAGAAGCGGGUGGAUGAGGAGACCAUCCCCGAGUGGAAAGCUGCUCUCAAUGAGAUUGGCGGGUUAAAGGGGUGGAACAUAGAGAACAUAGCUAACCGGCACGAAGGACAACUAGUUAAACAGGUCGUUACCAACGUUUUAAGUGAGCUGAAGAAGGCUUAUUUGGCGGUUAGUGACUUCUUGGUUGGCGUUGACUACACAGUGAAAGAAAUUACGGGGAUUAUUGACACUGCCACCGAUGAUGUAAAGAUCGUGGAAAUCCAUGGUAUGGCUGGCAUCGGAAAGACGACUCUUGCCAAAGUAGUCUACAACCAGUAUUCUCGGGACUUUGCUUACUGUUGUUUCCUUCCUGAUGUUAGAGAUACUUCAAACUCAAAAGGAAUUGUGUAUUUGCAGAACCGACUAAUUUCAGAUCUCUCAAAACAGACAUUUUCGAGUAUCGAUAGCAAGGACGAGGGAAUGAGGACAAUCAAAGAGAGAUUUUCUAGAAAGAAAGUCCUUGUUCUUUUUGACGAUAUUGACGAUGAGAGUCAACUAACUGCACUUUUGGGGGGCAAGUUUGCUUUGGUUCUGGAAGCUUGAUACUUAUAACCACAAGAAAUGAAAGGGUUCUCCGUGCAUUCCAAGUGAAGUUGAUUUAUCAUAUUGGUGUAUUGGAUUCUGAUAGUUCCCUUCAGCUAUUUAGCAAGCAUGCUUUUAGAAGAGAU